AUGGCGACCAGAGCCCAGUUCUUGCGAGAGUACAAGCUGGUCGUAGUUGGCGGUGGUGGUGUCGGAAAGUCAGCAUUGACUAUUCAGUUCAUUCAAAGUCAUUUCGUGGACGAAUAUGAUCCUACUAUCGAAGAUUCUUACCGCAAACAGUGCGUGAUUGAUGAUGAGGUCGCACUGCUUGACGUGCUCGAUACAGCUGGUCAAGAGGAAUAUGGUGCCAUGAGGGAACAGUACAUGCGUACGGGCGAAGGGUUUCUCCUGGUGUACUCCAUCACAUCUCGAAACUCGUUCGAAGAAAUAAGUACCUUUCAUCAACAAAUUCUUCGGGUGAAAGAUCAAGACACGUUCCCUGUCAUCGUUGUGGCUAAUAAGUGCGACUUGGAAUACGAACGACAGGUCGGCAUGAAUGAGGGCCGUGACCUUGCCAAGCAUUUUGGUUGUAAAUUCAUUGAAACGUCCGCGAAGCAGCGGAUCAACGUCGAUGAAGCUUUCAGCAAUCUCGUCCGUGAAAUCAGGAAAUAUAACAAAGAACAACAAACUGGUCGACCUGGGAUGUUGCCGGGCCCUGGCGGAAGUACCCCUGGCCCUUACGGUACGAAGGAAAACCAAGAGGGAACUACAGGGUGCUGCCCGGGCUGCGUGGUCGUUUGAUUCUCUUCGGUUUCUCCCCUCUCUCUUUUUCUUGCAUUCCCUAUCUGUCGCGUUCGACUUGGUUGCUGGUCUUAUUCCUUUUUUUUUUGUUUUAGCAGCCUUCAAGCUUCACCCGGGAUUUUACAAGUUUGACUGUGCCUCUUUAAAAGCGAAAUGGUUGUGUAUACUUAUCUUUAGACUCUUGUCAUGAUUACGAUUUACCUGUGUCAUAUCUCCCAUAUGUUAUCCUCUUUCACGGCUCGCUAAGAAUACAAUUUAGAUUAAAAAAGUAAAUGUGAGAUCAAUGGAUAUGCUCCCG